AUGGACGGGAAGCUCCGCGACCCAUUCUUCGUUACGGGCGGCGGCAGCGGCGGCAUCCACCCAGUCGGCACGGAAGUCAAAGCGGGGGCCGGACUCGCCAGCGACUUGAAUUCCUGCGACACGUCUGACCACAGAAGACCUAGGUCGAACCCCCUACCGCUACCUUCCGACCGACGAAACUUCUUUUCGUCUGGAAGGGAAGAGUACACCUUGUCGGCCCGCCAAGAUGUCAGAACGGCUGAUGAUGCGAACUGCUUGAGCCAUCGGAGACUUUGCUUUCGUUCGGAGCCCAUCCACGACCUGCAUGUGGCUACCCUUAGGGCCAUCGACCCGACCGGAGUCUACGGCAUGUACCAGGAGUGGUCAAACAUGAAAAACCGAGUUCUUUCAGGUAUUGCUGGAGGAUACGCCGAACAGCGAUCGGACUUGGCGCUUUACGACAGGCUACAUAAGGAGGCCGAAGACGACAGGGCUAGCUCCGACGACGAUGCGAGCAUCGCCAAUGCUGUCGUCGCCUCAGGCACUAUUAUGGAGCAGGCUUAUCGCACUCGCUCGCCGUCAUCAGGCCUGCUCUGCGAGUACCUGACCCGGUCUUCUGGCCUGUUUUCUCUCGUUGUCAAGAGCUGUGGAAUGAGUGCUCUUGCCUCGGCGGAGAUCAUGGUAGCCGUCGCGACAAACACGACGCUCAAGACGUUGAACCUCAGCGGUAAUAAUAUGGGCGGAACGAGCGAUCUUAUCGCUUCCCAUCAUCAUCAACAACAAGGGUCAGCCGCGUCAGCCGGAGUCGGCGGCAGUAGGGGAGAGGUUGGUGUAGCCGAUCGACUGACAGGCGGCGCCUCAGUCGCUCUGGCUCUUGAUUCGAACAACUCGCUGACCUACCUAGACCUUUCCUGGAACAAGGCGCUGCGGUGGCUAAGCCUCGCCGGCAACAGGCUGGGUGACCAGGGAGCGUUCAGCCUUGGGGGGGCCCUCGGGGUCAACUGCUCCCUCACCCAUCUAGACGUGAGCUUCAACGGAAUCUCGUGCCCGGGGGCGGCAGCGUUGGGUCACGGGCUGAGAGGAAAUACCGCCAUCAAGAACCUCCAGGCGCUCAAGUCCAUGAUGACGGCCAUUGUCACCAAGACGGGGCUAACCCCUGGCGUCGACUUGAUGACCCUCCGCCCCUUCGUGCAAUCUGGUCGGCUCAUGUCAACCGCUCCGGUCGCAGCUACCCCAACCCCAUCCUCUGACAACGAGGGUGGGCCUUUCGACCUCGAUCUAUGCAACGCUAGCGAACGAGCCGCGGCACAGGACAUACUUUUCGCGGGGAGCUACCUCACUGGGUGCCGCCUUGCAGAGGUGAGGAAUCUGCAGCUUGUAAGGCCAUCGCCCGACGCAGCGGUGCUGCAACCUCGGGGCAUUUUUGUCAAUGGUACGGAAGGAGAAGGGAGUCUCCAGGGUGAUGUUCCGUUAGAGUUUUGCGCCAGGUCAUACUCCGACCAACAGACGACGCUGGCAGCGCUAUCGGUUCGUGUCGACGGAGAGCAUGAAGCGUGGCCGCUCCCAACGAAGGGGAGACUAAAGGGAUUGGUGGAAUUCAUCCCCUUACCCCCGUGCAUGGCGAGCGUAUGCAACGCCACCGGGUUGCGAGGGCUUCUCGCGGCGAUGAACGGCUGUUUUGACGCCAGGGUGGAGGCUUUCCGGCUGUUCGUGGCCGAUCUGUUCAUGACAACCAACCAACUAGCUGGGGGUCCGAAUGCGCUCAACAGCGCCGAGAUGCUGAAGAUUAUGGCAGCCGUGUCGCCUCAGACGUACCCGGCGUUUACGGGCGGUGUCAGUGGACCGUUCUUGCUGGAUCUGCGUUUUUCUAGGCAUCGGUUGGCGGCGGUUAGGUUGGCCGAGGCAGAAAAUUUUCAAACUCGGAACGUGCGAUAUAGACCUGCUCGAGCGGCCGCGGCUGCUUCUCGUGCCGGCGAAGACGAGGAAGUAGACGGUGGUGGCGCAGAUGAUAUGAGCGAUGAAGGAGCUAGUGCCGUCGCCAACAAGAACAGCAUUGGCGACGAGAAUUCAGUCACCGCCCCUGCCUGUGUUGCCCACAAUGGUCUUCGCGAGCCGGCGGCCAAGUUCUUCCAACACGGUCUCCGCGACAAGCCAACCGGAGUGCUCGAGCUGGAUUUCGUGUGUCUGUCGAGGCCGCCUGAAGGGAUGCAACCCAUCAGUGAUCUUCGUCUUGCGCGGUUGCUCAACAGCUGUGGCAUGUUGGACCCAAACUAUUGGGGUAGCUCGCUAUAUAGCGUUGACGUUGCUCAGUCGUCCGCGGUGCCUCUUUUGGUAGGUGUGCUGCACGAAAAACAGUCCCUGCAGCGAUCGCCCGAGGAGAGAGGCCGACUGUCCCCAGUUUUCGUCGACCGUAGCGACGGGGAGGAAAUGUCCCGGACGACUCGGGUGCAACUGCAGCCAAUCACACACCAACUCCUUGCAAAAAUACCAAUGCCGCAUUCAUCCAAUAACCGAUCUCCUCACCAACCCCUCUCAAGGUCGGAGUACAUGCGGCCAACGAGCUUCCCCGUGUCGUUCGUCGACCUCAUACGCCUGCUGCGGGUUAAGGGGAGGGGCGACAAGAGGCAGGCGAAGAUCCUCGUGCUCUUGCUGCGGGUAAAAAACUCCAUGUUACGCGUCCCUCGGGUGGCAAGACCGCGACAAGGUGAGGAGUCGAUACCGAUAAACCCGCAACCGGGACGUCUCGAGGGAGGGGUGAUCGCCAAGAUCUCUCCUGACGUCACCUCCUCGUCCCCUUGUUCCACCAAACCUCGCCAAACGACACGACCGCCAACAAAAACCGAUCAAUACCAACUAAUCCUCGUGGCCCAAGGAAUGACCAGCAUACGCCGCAUACGAUACCGGAUCGGCGGCACGGCGAGCGCGAUCGUAGGGUCCACUAGCCCAACGCCGACUCUCGCGUCUACUGUGGUAAGCGCAACCUCUCGGUCUUUGAAGAAGACCGCAACUUCGGUGCCAGCGGCGGCCGCUACUGGACACUACUCUUCCGUAACGUCACCGGAGGUUGGGCCCGCUUCGGGCAAGGGGGAUAGAGUCGACGGGGGCGUCUCCCCGCCUGAGCACUCGAAUCCGAGUCGACGUGACGAAACAUCUGUCAGGACCGCUGCCGCCUCUGGUGCUGCGGACGACAGCCUAGCCAAGGACAAACAUCACGGUAGCGAGGAACGGAAGCAGGUCGCCCGAGCGGCGGAGGAGGAACUCACACCCGUACAAGCGGCCGUCAUGGCGGUUGACAAAAGACUUCAAGACUUGCUAAUAGCGGGGGGGAUUCUUCGCGGCACCACCAGCGGACGAGAGUGUCUACAAGGAUUCCCCCGAGGGACGCCGGUUUGGGAAAACCACUGCGGCAGGGUUGGGGGUCGAGAUGAAGGCAGCGGUGGACGUCGUGUCGACGGCGCCAACGAUAUCGUCGGCGACGAAGAUGCGGCGGGCGGUGCCAUGGGGUGGGCGAGGAAAUUCUUCGGGGUCGACGAUGGCCGUUUUCCCUCUGACGAAAGCGGGGAAGGCAUUGCUCUGGGCAAGGUGUUGGCGAAGCACGUGGUACGUGACGGGGACGUGGGACUGAUAGGGACCAGCCCGCCGACGCUGCUAGUGCAUGGCUUAUGCAUCCGCGUGAGGCAUGGGGAGAGCAAUCGCGUCCUAAGGGUCAAGCGGCGCCCACCGGCCAGCGGCCACGGCGAGGACAACGCCAAACGACAUCAGGACGAGUGGGCUGCGGUAGCUCGACAAGGGGUGCAGGGGUGUCGCUUGAGGAUCGGCACCAAGCGAGAAGUGGCGUCCGCGCUGGCGGCCACCUUCGCCGGUCUCACCACGGAGCCGAAUCUAGUUAGCAUCGCGGCAACGCCGCGUACCCUUGGCACGCUGGACAUGACCACGGACAAAGGAUGGCGAGAGCUUUUCGUCCCGCUGGAGCUCUCAGCUUCGACCGCGGUCUCGGAGGCCGGGCCGCUGCAGCUAACGCUCUUGGUAACAUUUGUGGAGGUGUCGGCGCAGUUCUUGCCGAGCGAUUGCUUCGUUUCGUCGGAGUUCACCACCGUGGAUCACCAAGGAACAGUCACCUUCGAGUGGGUACCGCUCGAGGAGACGACCGAAGCGGCCACCGUUGCAGCCGUCGUUCCGCGUGUUCUCGGCGUCUAGACUAUUAUUUUGGAAUACGGAAUAAAAAGAGCGAAACAGAGCACCCAUUUGUAGACGGGACCAAACUGAAGCACGGAGCCUGCCGAAAUAAGCUUCCUCUUAGUUCACCAUAUUCCCUGUCUCUCGGCACCGCGCUUUCCCAAUUCCUCUUAUGUCGUACCAAACGCAGUAGACUAGAUAGGUCGGACAUUUCACAGUCUCUCGCGAAGUCAAUAAGACAAGAGUGUCUGUUAUCCUAAAGUGAAACCGUUCCAACGAGAAAUACGCAGCGACCAACCCUGCCCUUCUCGUCUCACUGACUGGCAGGUGAUUGAGACCCUCCACGAGAAAAAACGAUCGCAGUUGCUCCUUCGCCUCGGCAAUCUGGACGCCUUGUACCCAGUACCCGCGUUGUCAUCAUCAUCAUCAGCAGCGGCGCCGACAGAAUCAGGAACAGCUCCAAUUACAAGGCUUGGCAGUUCUGCCUGACCGAGAAGGGUUUGGCCGCACCGCCUGGUCAUGAACA